AUGAUCAGUACCGUCGGCGGUGCUACAGGAGUCAACAUUGAUGACGGAGGAACUGGAGGUGUCGACAUCAUCCAUUUGGCCACUGUACAAUUUCCCAAGCUUGCCGAUCUGUUGAUAGGAUCUCAGUACCAGAUGGGUGCAUUGGAGGGGGUGUUAACUGAGCAGUUGAGGGAUGAAGUGGUUAAUACGNUUGUUGGAUGCCUCAACAGUUUCCCAAGCUUGCCGAUCUGUUGA